AUGGCGAACGUCGGCGAGGGCUCUUCGGCACCUCCGAUAUCGACCGACGGCGUGAAGCCCGUCGUCGUUAGGGUGAAGCGGAAGUUGCACCAGUCUAUACUCGACGCCUUCUGGCUGGAAAUCAAUGAGCGUCCGUCUAAGCGCGCGACUUUGGAUUUGGCGAAGCUCUCGCUUGGCGAUUCCGCUAAUGGAAACGGAGAAGAAUCUAAGACUAGGAAGGUCCUUGUGCAGCAUGUUGAAACGAUCAGCACCUCGGAGUCCACCGUUCGUGUUGUGAAAUCGUUUGUGCCUAACUCUGUGGAUGUGGUUGAAGCUAAAACAACAACGGAGGACCUGAAACGGACCUUUAAAAGUGUCAAUAAACAAGAACAAAUUCUUUCUAAAUCCAGACAAAGUCAAGAGCAAAUAGCCAAAAGUGCACGCUUCCAACAAAUAUGGAGCAGGCGGAAGGAAACAGAGGAAGCAGUGCAUGAUAUGUGUCAUUUCUAUGAUGUCAUUCGAAUUGAUGCCGAAUCCAGUCAGGAGAAGCAGAAAGAAGCUCUGUCUGUGGAGGAUCAGAAGCUUCUUUCUAGUUAUUUGCCUUUCUUAAAGGAGUUGAUUCCGGAUGCUGCUGGGGAGAUUGAAGCUGAAAUCAGUGCUUCCACUUCCCAGGAAGAUGAGUAUGUGUAUGACUACUACACUGUGAAUGAUACCAUGGACAUAGAACACGAAGACACGCCUUUUCCAUUUCCUCUGGUGCAAGUUGAGGAUGAGGAUUUCUACGAUGGACCAGAUGACGAAUCUGAAUGCGACAGUGAAGAUUCAAAUGCUGAAAAUCAUCCAUUUAAUGAAUAUCCCGAUGAAAGUUCAGAAGCAGAAGACGAGUUGCAGAGUGAAGAUAAAAGUGACGACGAUGGAGAAGAAAACGAAGAAGGUGGAAUGGAAGAUGUAGAGGAAGCUGAUGAUGAUGAGAAUCGCAGUUUGCUGAAUGGUGAAGCCACGAAUUCCGAGGACCAGUAUGAAGCCUACGUUGAUAACUACCUUGAUCAAGCUUAUAGCUUUGCCAACGACGAACCUGAAAGUGAUGACGGCUACAGUGAAAGCGACUAA